AUGCAGCCACAGGUGUUCACGCAUCCUCGUCCAAAUUCAGUGCAGCUUCACGAGUGCUUUGGCGCCACGGGCAAGGCUUGCUGGAAGCGCUGCAAGGUGCCCGGAGACUAUGCUGAGUUCGAAUUCUCGACUGAUGGAGAUGGGGGCGAUAAGCCGGACAAGCGAUGGGGUGUCUUGGCUCUGGUGCUUCCCGCCACAUCGAGUGAUGAUACGGGCUUGCAGGAAAAGGUGGAUGAGUUCCUGGGUCGCUGGGUGGAGGUGGAGAGGGAUGCCUGGGAUGAAGUGCGUCUCCGAGCCCUUUGUGCUCGACACGGCUGGGAGUUCGAAUGGAUGCAGUGGGACGUCCUCAAGCUCUCCACUCCAGCAGCUCCAGUUCUGCCCGGCGACUCCGCAGAGCCGGAUGGCGCAUCCGGCGCUGAAGCUCGGGAGUCUUGCGCUCGAGAUCUGGCCGUCCUCAAGGACGAGGAGCAGCGAGUGGCAGAGGCACGCACUUGGUAUGCACAGACUGCAGACGAGCUGGAGCGAGAUGUCGCUGCCAAGCAGCACGAGCUCCAGACCGCAAAGUCGCAUGCCGAGGAAAUCCAGAAAGUGUGCAGCGAGCUUGAAAAGACUCGAAGCUCCAGAAGAAGCCUGCUACAGGACCGCACUGCAGCUUUGCAGGCAGCGCAAGCCAGAGCGCAGGACCUCGAGGAAGAGCUUGCGGGCACAGAGGCAGAGCUGGCAACAGCCGCCACUGAGCUUCAAAGGCUCGAGAAGGAGGAAGUGGAGCGAGCCACGGAAAUUGAGGAUGCCAGGCAGAAGUUGUCUGAGGUCCAGAUGGAGAUCGAGACUAUGCAGGCACGUGCCCAGACGUCCAGAUCAACACACGCUGUUGUCGAUUUUCUCCCGUGCUCGCUGAGUCUCCCGGAUGCAGUCUCCAAGAUGGCUGCCGCCGAUGCAGUGAUGCCCGUGAGCCUGCCGACUGGCGCCGGCACGCGCGAGGUGCUGGAUGUGGGCUACCCUGUCCUGAAUCUCCAGAAACUGGACAAUCCACAGGUCUCCAUCCACCAGUGUGCUCAGCGCUAUGGAUCGCAGGCCAUCCGCUCCAUCUUCGAGAAACUGGAGGAGCGUCAGUCCCAGCCCGUGUUUGAGGAACUCAACCUCUCCGACAACUACGUCGGAGAUGAUGGCGCUGCCUACCUCAAGGAUGGUCUUAAGGGCAACAAGGCCCUCAAGCGUUUGCUGAUGCCACGUGCUGCCAUGCGAACUGCCGGAUUUCAGUCCAUCGGCGCUCUUGUCGGCACCUGCCCUUCUCUCGAGAUGCUCGUGCUGAGCUCAAACUUGGCCGAUGCGGCAGGCGUUGAGGGCGAUUUCUCCGCAGGACUUGGCAAGAACAAGUCCCUGAAGUCACUGUGCUUGGCAGCUUGCCGCCUGAACAACGCAGGUGUUCAGCAUCUUUGCGCUGGGCCCCUGAUGACCCAUCCUGCGCUGGAGCACGUGUCCUUCAACUACAAUCGGCUGGAGGAUGAGGUUUGCAGCAGCGUGUGCAGGAUGUUGGCGACGAACACACGGCUGCGCUACCUCGAGCUUUGCGGCAACUCCAUCGGUCCGGCAGGUGCUGAGGAGCUGGUCAAGGGCCUCUCUGCCAACAAGGGCAACCUACAGAAGCUGGGACUGGCGCAGAACACCAUCAUGCAGAAAGGAUGCACCGCCCUCUGCAAGCAUUUCGUCUCCGAGAAGGGAAAGAGCCUUGAGUAUCUUGACCUGCGCCACAACAAAGUUGGCUACUACGGUUGCGUGGAGAUCCGAGCUAUGUUGAAAAAGCCCAUGGAUGACGACGAGUCGAACAAGGGUUGGAUGAUCAAUUUCGGUGAAAGACAGCUCAUGCUCAACGCGCACUGA